AUGGGCUGGAGAGAUGACUGGCCAUCUAUGCCAGAUGGCAAACCAUACGAUGGCAAGCAAUUAGUUCCUCUGGGUUUCCACAUUAGAACUUUGAAAGGGCCUGAUAUGGUCGCUCGCCUAGCGCGUAGUGAUGUCAAUAUGCCUGAUUUUGAUGGCUUUCCGAUAGAGGAGCAGAUACAGGAAGUUAAUUUCGAAGCGGCUGUCUAUAAUCUACUGCGUACGGAGCCUGAUAUUCAUAUAUCUCGCUUGUUUUACCAACGUGUACCAGUAUUGCAUCCCGGCCCAACAAGCUCUAUUCCUAAAGAUUUAGCUGGUCGCCGGCUAUUUCUAUUCGAAAAGGCAGAGGAUGUGGGCAAUGUAUGGGAUGAACUGAAUGGUGCUAAUAAGGUAUGA